GGGCGGCAAGAUGGCGGCGGCGGGCGGGGCGGUGCGGGCCCUGGCGAGGCUGGCGCUGCUGGGCCUGGCCGUGCUGGGCCCGGCGCUGGGCAAGCGGAGCGCCGUCCGGGUGCUGUCGGACGGCAUGUGGCGGGAGCUGCUGCAGGGCGAGUGGAUGGUGGAGUUCUAUGCCCCGUGGUGCCCCGCCUGCCAGAACCUGCAGCCCGAGUGGGAGAAGUUUGCCGAGUGGGGUGAGGACCUGGAGGUGAACAUUGCCAAGGUGGAUGUCACGGAGCAGCCGGGAUUAAGUGGACGAUUUAUCAUAACAGCCCUUCCCACCAUCUAUCACUGUAAAGAUGGAGAGUUCAGGAGAUACCAGGGUGCAAGAACUAAAACUGAUUUCAUAAACUUCAUCAAUGACCAGGAAUGGAAAUCGGUUGAACCUGUUUCGUCCUGGUUUGGUCCUUCCUCUUUCCUGAUGAGCAGUAUGUCAGCUUUGUUUCAGUUGUCCAUGUGGAUCAGGCACUGCCAUGGUUAUUUAACAGAAAAUGUUGGAAUACCUGUUUGGGGCUCCUAUGCUAUUUUUGCCUUGGCAACUCUCUUCUCAGGACUGAUACUGGGGCUGAUAAUGGUGUUCUUAGCAGACUGUAUCUGCCCAUCCAAGAGGCACAGACCAGCACCCUACCCACACCCAAGAAAACUAGCUCCAGCAUCAGCUCAGCUGCUGAAAAAGCUGGAUGAAGAGCAAGAAGCAGAUGAGGAAGAUAUCUCAGAUGAUGAAACAGAGGGUAAAAAGGUGUCCAGCAAGGACUCAUCACCCAACCCUGUGAGGCAGCGCCCAGUGAACCCUGCUGCUACAAUGGAGAAAUCUUAGUUUGGUUUGCAUGCAGGAUUAGUCUUUGAGUCACCAACUCAAAAGGAAGAUAAAUGUCAAAUCCUUCAGCUUGAAGAGAACAAUGACUCCUGUUGUGGUAAUAUUGAUGCAUUUCAUGAAUUCAGAAAAACAAAAGCAAAAGAAAAGCAUCUUUGGCAGCAGGUAUUCAGAGCUAAAACAUGCUGUUGCAAAUAGCUGGAAUUUCUCCUGUCUGUGUGUGGAGAAAUGCCAAGAAAUAAUUUAUGUGGCUUCUUGAAUGACUUGUUCUAUAGGGACUUUAUUUUUUCUUUAACAGAAAGUAAGCCAGUGUACUUGUUGCUUUAGGGAGCCUUAGCAAGGGAAGGCACUGGGCUCUUUGCUGUCAAAGCAUUCAAAAAGGUGUCUCAGUAGAAAUAUAUCUAGUUGUGCUCUGAAGAAAUGCUGAGGGGAAAAGCUCCUUCAGUUGUGGAACAUGUUCCAGGCUUCUUCAGGUGACAAAAACUUUCUGCUGUGACAGUGAGUACUACAACCCCCCAGUCUUUGUUCCAAAGGGAUGAACGUUGCCAUCUUCAUUUUAAGGAGCAGAAGUUGCCCCCUGAGCAAGAGCUGGAGUUGGUCUCUGCCAUCCUCCUAGAGGGGAGUUACCACAAUUUCCCUGGAGUGUGGAUUCUCUGGCUGCUCCAGAAACCUGCUGUUUGCAUCCAUUUCAUCUAGAAAAGGCUGUAAAAAGCUAGAUGAGCCUCCUGGUGAAGUAAUUAUCCAGAAAAACUUAAGUAGCACCUGUAGUCUUGUUUGUCUCAGUGACUCUGAUUCAGAUGGGAAUAGUUUACAUGCAGGGUCCUCCUCUGAGUACAAACCCUCCCUGCUGGAUGGUAGGAGGACUCUGCUUAUUUUUAAUACAUGAUCAAUAAUUUCUGCUUACUCCAGUUUUACUGCCAAUCAGGCUGUACCUGAUCUGAAGUUGAAAUAACUGCUUCUUAGUUUCUUUUCUAGAAAGUCAUCUUUUCUGUUCUCACAGAACCAUCUUGGAACAACACACCCUCAUUCUUUCCUUUUUUUUAAAAAAAAGGCCCUGUAGCUGCUGUUUUCUGUGUGGUAUUUGUUUUAUAACUCUGUAGAAAUAAAAAGAAUGCACAUGCUCAUGGA